GCUCGGCCGCGGCGCCGGGCUCCGUGCGGCGGCGGCGGCAGGGGCAGGGGCAGGGGGGGCCCGCUCCGGGUCCGCCAUGGCGUCCUGCGCCGACAUCCUCCGCAGCGAGUUCCCAGACCUGGACGGCGAGGUCUUCGCUUACGUGACGGGGAUCCUGCACGGCGGCGGGGCCGACUUCGAGUCGGUGGACGACCUGGUGGAGGCGGUGGGCGAGCUCCUGCGGGAGGUGUCGCAGCACAGCAAGGACGACGGCGCCAUCCGGGAGAUCUGCCAGCGCCUCUUCAACACCCUGCAGCUGGAUGAGGCCCAAGCUCAGCGCUGCAGCCAGGUGCUGCUGGACACCCCUAUCCAGCUCUCCCAGAUCACUGAUGGAUGUGCCGAUGCCAGUGUGGACAUGCUGCCGGGGCUGCUGCUGAAGAGAGGCCAGACCUCGAUGGUGAAUGCCAAGAAACUGGAGAAGGCAGAAGCCAGGCUGAAAGCCAAGCAGGACAAGAGGAUGGAACGGGAUUCCUUGAAAUCGUCCGGCCCUCUGGUCCUUGAGGAGGCGUCUGCCAGCCAAGCUGCCAGCAAGAAGGAGACUCGCAUGGAGUCGUCAGGCAAGAACAAGUCGUAUGAUGUGCGCAUUGAGAACUUCGAUGUGUCCUUCGGUGAGCGUGUCCUGCUGGCAGGAGCAGACCUGAACCUGGCGUUUGGACGGCGCUAUGGGCUGGUGGGCAGGAAUGGGCUGGGAAAGACCACACUGCUGAAGAUGAUUGCCAGCCGGAGCUUGCACAUCCCCUCGCACAUCAGCAUCCUCCACGUGGAGCAGGAGGUGGCAGGGGAUGACACACCGGCGCUGCAGAGCGUGCUGGAGUGUGACACCACUCGUGAGAGCCUGCUGCGGGAGGAGAGGGACCUGACAGCUAAAGUUAAUGCUGGCAGGGGAGAAGGAACAGAAGGUGCCAGGCUGUCGGAGAUCUAUGCAAAGCUGGAGGAGAUUGAGGCAGACAAGGCCCCAGCAAGGGCAUCCGUCAUUCUUGCUGGGCUGGGUUUUAAUGCAAAGAUGCAACAACAGACAACCAAAGAGUUUUCCGGAGGCUGGAGAAUGAGACUGGCCUUAGCCAGAGCCCUCUUUGCCAGGCCAGAUCUCCUUCUCCUGGAUGAGCCAACAAACAUGCUGGACGUGAGGGCCAUUUUGUGGCUGGAGACCUACCUGCAGACCUGGCAGUCGACCAUCCUCGUGGUGUCCCAUGACAGGAGCUUUCUGAACGCGGUGGCCACAGACAUCAUCCACCUGCACUCGCAGCGGCUGGACAUGUACCGUGGGGACUUUGAGAACUUCAUGAAGAUCAAGGAGGAGCGGAUGAAGAACCAGCAGCGAGAGUACGAAGCUCAGCAGCAGUACCGUGAGCACAUCCAGGUGUUCAUUGACCGCUUUCGCUACAAUGCCAACCGGGCGUCUCAAGUGCAGAGCAAGCUCAAGCUGCUGGAGAAGCUACCAGAGCUGAAACCUGUGGACAAGGAGUCUGAGGUGAUCAUGAAGUUCCCUGAUGGCUUUGAGAAGUUCUCCCCGCCAAUCCUGCAGCUGGAUGAAGUAGACUUCUGUUACGACCCAAGUCACUACAUCUUUCAUUCCCUCUCCGUCUCUGCUGACCUGGAGUCCCGCAUCUGUGUGGUUGGGGAAAAUGGAGCUGGCAAGUCGACCAUGCUAAAGAUCUUAAUGGGGGAGCUGGCACCAGUCAGAGGGAUACGACAUGCUCACAGAAACCUAAAGAUCGGUUAUUUCAGCCAGCACCAUGUGGAUCAACUUGAUUUGAACAUCAGUGCUGUAGAGUUACUGGCAAGAAAGUUCCCAGGGAAGACGGAGGAGGAGUACCGGCAUCAGCUGGGGAGCUACGGUAUCUCGGGGGAGCUGGCCGUGCGCCCUGUGGCCAGCCUGUCCGGAGGCCAGAAGAGUCGCGUGGCCUUUGCCCAGAUGACUAUGUCCUGUCCAAACUUCUACAUCCUGGAUGAGCCGACAAAUCACCUGGACAUGGAGACUAUUGAAGCAUUGGCAAAGGCACUGAAUAAAUUCCGGGGUGGUGUAAUUCUGGUGUCCCACAACGAGCGCUUCAUCCACCUGGUGUGCCAGGAGCUAUGGGUCUGUGAGAACACCACCGUGACCCGCAUUGAGGGUGGCUUUGAGCAGUACAGAGACAUCCUGAAGGAGCAGUUCCGGAAGGAGGGUUUCCUAUAAGGAAGGCGGGAGCCGGACUGUGCUGGGGCUGGAGGGCGAAGCUUGACCGCCUUGGCAUCCAUCCCAACUGUGCCUGGCAGAGCACCAAGGACGCUGCUGCCCACAUGGACUGUCAGCCACGCCGUCAAACUGCCACCUGAACUGCUCUCCCCUCCAGGGGCCGGGUGGAAGGACAGCGAGGGAGCAGGAGCCUGGUGCUGUGUAGCCAUGGGCACGCUGGGGACCCUGCUGCCGCCCUGAGCUCUGCCUGGUGCUGGGCACACAGGAAAGGCUGUGCCUAGAGCUGCUGCUCUGCGGAGAGGAGGGAAAGAGGUGUCACAUCCCGACAACCCCAGUGUCACUCCGUGCUCUGGAGGGCAGGAGAAGAGCUGUUCUCCAUGUUUCUUGGCUUCUCCUAUGCCUCUUUUAGUUCUUUUUGUCCCGCUCCAUCUCAUGCCACCAUCCUCCUGCCACCCUGGAGGGAAAUGAGGCUUCUGCUGCUAAAUAUGACCCCGGCCUCUUCCCCCAACCCCUGGAAGCUGGGGCUUGCUUGGUCCGUCCUCCCCAGGGGUUUGUGUUUGUAGUGCCGAGGGAGCCAGUGCCCUUCUCUGCCUGGGCCCCGCUCCCCGUUCCUUCCCCUGAGCUGCUACCGGCGCCUCAGCGCCUGCCUCUGCGCCUGCCUCUGCUUGCAAACCGGCCCUGGGGUGGGCUGUCCCGGGUGGGCUGCCCCGGGGUCCCUCUCGCCCCGCUGCACAGAGGUUGCCGUGUAAAUAAACCCAGGGUGCAGUGGG